AUGGCAGCAAUGGCUGCCCAACCUUCUGGUGAAGGUGGGCAACUGUCAGUAUCUCCCACCUUUCGGGUAAAGUCCUUCUCUGCGCUGUUUUCAUCCCAGCAGCGAACUCCUAUGGCAGCGGCGGUGUCAACCCAUAGAGGUGAACCAGCGGUUUCCUUUGCACGCGAUGUAAUUGAGACAGUUGCACAGCCUUUCUGCUUUACUCUGGUCAGUAAGUUCUCUCGCAAUAGACCUCGCAUGGAGGAUAUCAAGAGGUUCUUCCUUUCGCUUGACUUGAAGGGUUCCUUUUCCAUUGGGUUGCUGGACAGCCGACAUGUGUUGAUCAGGCUCCAUAUUGAGGAGGAUUUUCUGCGGGUUUGGACAAGAGCUGUGUGGUAUAUCGCCGACAAUACCAUGCGAGUGUUCAAGUGGACGCCUUCCUUUCAUGUUGACAAGGAGUCUUCGCUGGCUUCUAUUGUGUCAUGUUUGGGAAGACCUUUGUUCAUUGAUGCUGCGACAGUCGCGCUAUCUCACCCGAGUGUGGCUCGGGUUUGUGUGAAGAUUGACCUCCUGAAGGAACUCCCUCCUCGUGUGUGGCUCCAGCUAGGGGAGGAUCACGGUUUCUGGCAGCCUCUCCAACCGGAGUCCAUGCCAAAAUAUUGCGUCCAUUGCUAUCGCCAGGGUCAUAAUCAAUUGGAAUGUCACGUUAAAAACCCUGAGUUGCGUCCGAAUGUGGUGCAUGUGGAGAAGAAGCUUCCGCCUGGGGAGAAUAACGGUUCACCAAGGGUCGACAACAUGGUGGAGCUUGACGGUGUUGUAGCUGCUGAAGGUUCGUACGGUGAUGGGGAAGUGUGGGAGACAGGUGGGCAGCAUGCUGAGGAGGAAAUUGACGUGGGCAUGCAUGAAGAGGGUGCUGGGGAAGCAGGGCAGGUUCAAGAGGUAGGGGAGGAGGCUGGCCAUGGGCAGGACGUCAUAGAAGCAGCUGUCGAGUUUGUGGAGCACGCGGUUGUUGCGGCUGCGGACAGGAUCAUUGUGGGGCUUACGGAGCGGAUGGCGAUCGAAGCUGCGCCCGUGGAGGGGGAAGGGAGGGACGCGCCACCAGGGGUUGGCGACCACGCUGUAUUGGGUGAGGAAGAGGCGGCUGGGGUGUUGGCGACCUUGGAGUCCAUCACUUGUGCCGGUGGCCUGUCGUCGUGGGGUACCGAAGAGCAGCAUGGUGAGGGGGAGGAAACGUGUAAUGCGGCUAUGACAUUGAAUUUAGACCAGGUUGCCAUCCUUGAACAAAGCUGUCAGAUGGCUGAGCGACAGCAACUCUGGGAGGGUUUGUUACAGGAUAAGCCCGGGCAAGGUCCAUGGUAUGUUGUGGGGGAUUUUAAUCUCGUUCUCUCAAGUAGUGAAAAGAAAGGAGGGAGGCAGUUUCGGCCAGCGGAGGGUCUUUGCGCGCUCCGUCUGACCAUGCUCAGCUUCUCAUCUCGUUCGCGCCUAGAGUUGCUGUUAGGAGUCGAUCGUUCCGAUUUGGACGUGGUCAUGACAGCUUGGCAAUUGGAGGUGUCUGGGUCCCCGUUCUCUGUGGUAUGGGGAAAGUUGAGGAAUGUCUCCCCGGCUCUUCAUAUCUGGAACAAGCAGGUAUUUGGGGAUGUGUUUGAGAAUGUUAAGAAGGGGGAAGAGGUGGUAGCGGCGGUAGAGUUGCGUGCACAGGCUGAUUUAUCAGUUGAAGCCCAAUUGGAGCUCCAGCGGGCUCAGGCUAACUUGAAGAGGCUGCUAGCAGUUGAAGAGCAGUUUUGGAGUCAGAAGACCAGGCUUAAGUGGCUACAACACAAUGAUCGUAAUUCAAGCUACUUUCAUUUGGUAGUCAAGCAACGCCAUUUUCAGUCCACAAGAUUCGGGAUUCUGAGAGGGAUUGGGUGA